CAUGAGGGCAUUUCUCAUGUUCGAUCCUCAGGCGCACGACUAUCUCUAGUGUUUUGAUUCAUCCGUUUAUUCAUCUCACAAGCAGUGCUGCAGACGGCACCAUGCAUUUUCUAUCUCUCGCUAGUUCUCUCCUACUGCCCAUCACCAGCGCGGCCACAUCCACCAUCCAGGAUCCUCUCAGCUAUCGGGUCCUUGCUGGAAGCUAUGUCCCUCCCAAGUCCACCAACGUUACUACACUUCUGGAGUUUAUCAAUUCUCGUCCAGAUCUAAGUGUUCUCGCAGAUGAACUGCAGACAAUCGGCGGCUUUCCGAAGGCUUUUGAUACUGAACCAACCUGGAGCUUCACCUUCUUUACGCCUAACAACGAUGCGUUUGAGCUUCACACCGGCACAUACUUCAACGAAUUCAAGUCAACCCCGAAGGGCAAAUGGUGGCUGGGCAACACGCUUCUCUCCCACUACGUGCCAAACACAAACCUCAACUCUAGUAGCUUCAACGAGACCUACCAGAGAUUCCAGACUGCAAGUUACCUCUAUGUCGGCUCGCAGGUUCAAGAUGGUGAGAUCAUCCUGAACAACGUGGUCACCGUGGUGGAGAAGGAUAUAUCAGUCACCAAGGCGAGUCUCAGCUGGUUUGGCUUGCUCCUUUUCUGUGCGACGCAUUAA